AAGUUUUACGUAUCAACCUGCUCAGCAUCAAGGCUCUAUCAAUUUGGAAUUGCAAGAAGUUCAAGACUUUAAGCUAAAUUUACACGGAAAUGAAGACGCAAUUGCACCUAUUUGUAGUACAGAUUGCGUAGAAAAACCGCUGCUUAGCCUUGAGGAACAGAUGACUAAAAAUCGAAGGACUAUUGCUGAAUUGCUACAACUAAAUAUGCCUGACUUGGAGGACAUAAAAUAUACUUGCGAAGGAAAAUUAACUGCAAUAGAUACAACUUAUGGUUGGUGGUACAAAGCAUGCUAUGAUUGUAAAGGAGCUGUGAAGGCCUACGGUGAUACUUUUUGGUGUGCCCGUUGCGGAAAAAAUGAUUGGUCUCCCGUGCCCUGGUACAAGCUAAAUGUCAUUGUCGAAGAUGAAAGCAUAUCCACAAACUUCAUAAUUUUUGGCAAAUUGGCGCAGAAUAUAAUACGCGUUCCUACUCAACAACUUGCUGUUGCAAAUAAUUCCGAUAAAUUCCUUUUGCCCCCUAUUAUUAAGAGUAUUAUUGGUCAAACAUAUAUAUUUGAAGUCUCAAUUAAUUCUCUCAAGUCAAAUCUGGAUGCACGAUCAUUUAAAGUUUCAAAAUUUUUAUCGACUGGUUUGGACAUAAAUGGCAAAUAUAAGGAACAUCAGAAGGAUGUGCAAAGUAUUUAUGGAGAAACUGAUGAGAUUACAAUUGCAUGUGAAUCUCAAACUGUUAUACAUGAUGAGAUGGGUUCAAAUAUAAUGUUGCAAUCGACGUAAGUAAUUUUCUUCUUAAUGUUUAUCUUUUCUCCUUUUUUUACUAAUAUAUUAUUAAUUUUUAUGAAUUAUG